AGAGACAUAAAGGUGAAUGAAUUCUAGGUGCUGAAAAAAGGCAAAGUCUCGCAACAUCUCCGUUGCCACAUCCACCCUGCCGUUGCCCACUGGCCCCUCUUGCUAGUCUACAUAUAAAUUCAACAGUAGAUAUGGAACAUGAGACCUAAGCUACAUGACGGAAAUUCUUCCGAUCAAGUCCAAGAUGCCGAAUGCAAACAAAAUGAACCUGGCCAUGGGGCAAGCGCCAGCCUCGACGUCUCCCAAGUUGACAACCUCAUCUAUAAACACCGACCCAGUUCUUGGAUACAAGAUCCGAGUUCUCGUCCUCGAUUUCCUCAAAGAAGCAAAGAAUCCCGAUGCGCAACAACGAAUCAACUCAAUAACCGAGGCUAACUACAUCAGUGGCCCUUACUUCGAUCAGGAACAAGCCAAGCAAGUCAGGGAAGCCACUGUAAACGUGGACCUCCCGAUCAACCUCACUGCACCUACUCAAGUCAAUUACGAAGGCGGCGAAAAUGAAGACAGCGACCUCAGAGUCAGGAUAAUUGGGCUGACUGUGGAAAAGGCUAUCAAGACAGUAAUGAAUGGAUUCUUGGACAAACGCAGGGCCAGCGGAGAUGCUAGGCCUUGUGGACCACACGACCUUGACCCGAUAUAUGCAGCACUUUUCGGCGUACGCUUGUCCGAGCUGCAGUCCGAUAACUUCUUGAGUCGGCUGAGAAGGAGCGGGGUUUGAGAAGGUCUCUUAUUUCCAGACUUUCGGAGACGGGAUUCCCGCCGAAGGCACCGAGAAUUCGGUGUAUCCAGUGGGCGUUGACGGACAAGGUGGCGGUGACCUCGAAUAUGAGAUGCAAGGAGAAGUCACUCUCUGAGCAGGUAUAUGACAGUUUCCACUCCAAUGAUUGAAAAUGCGCUGAUAUUAUCUAGCCGCU